AUGGUGGAGGAGUUGGAGGAGGAGGAGAGGCAGCAGCUCUUCCGCGAGCCGGUGUCGGUCGAGUGCGGACAAUCAAUCUGCCGCGCCUGCAUCGCGCGCUGCUGGGAGCGCCCGGGCGCGAGCGCCGCCGCCCCGCGCCUGCCCUGCCCGCUGCCCUGCCCGCAGUGCCGCGAGCCCGCGCGCCCCAGCCAGCUGCGCCCCAACCGGCAGCUCGCCGCCGUGGCCGCCCUGCUGCGGCGCUUCAGCCUGCCCGGUGCCGCGGCCGAGCGCGGGCCCCCGGAGGCGGCGGGGUGCGCGCAGCACGGCGAGCCGCUCAAGCUCUACUGUCAGGACAACGGGCGCGCCAUCUGCGUGGUGUGCGACUGCGCCCGCGAGCACCGCGCCCACGCCGUGAUCCCGCUCGACGAGGCUGUGCAGGAGGCCAAGGUGAGCGCCCGGCUGAAGGCCCUGAAGAGUGACCUGGAGGACUAUGAGGUGUUCCGCUCCACCGAAGAGAAGGAGAGCAAGGAGCUCCUGAAGCAGAUGGCAGCCGAGCGAGAGAAGGUGGGGGCGGAGUUCCAGGCCCUGCGGGCCUUCCUGGUGGAGCAGGAGGGCCGGCUCCUGGGCCGCCUGGAGGAGCUGUCCCGGGAGGUGACCCAAAAGCAGAACGAGAACCUGGCCCAGCUCGGGGGCGAGAUCGCCCAGCUGUCCAAGCUCACCAGCCAGAUCCAGGAGACGACCAGCAAGCCCGACCUUGACUUUCUGCAGGAAUUUAAAAACACACUGAGCAGGUGCAGCAACGUGCCGGCCCCCAAGCCAAGCACAGUCUCUUCUGAGAUGAAGAAUAAAGUCUGGAACGUUUCCCUCAAGACCUUUGUCUUAAAGGGGCUGCUCAAGAAGUUCAAAGAGGACCUUCGUGGAGAGCUGGAGAAAGAGGAGAAAGUGGAGCUGACCUUGGACCCGGACUCGGCCAACCCCCGCCUCAUCCUCUCGCUGGAUCUUAAGAGCGUGCGCCUCGGACAGCGGGCCCAGGACCUGCCCAACCACCCGCGUCGCUUUGAUACCAACACGCGAGUCCUGGCGUCCUGCGGCUUCUCCUCCGGGCGGCACCACUGGGAGGUGGAGGUGGGCUCCCAGGACGGCUGGGCCUUCGGAGUGGCCCGUGAGAGUGUGCGCCGCAAGGGCCUCACGCCCUUCACGCCCGAGGAGGGCGUCUGGGCGCUGCAGCUCAACGGUGGGCAGUACUGGGCCGUGACCAGCCCUGAGCGGACACCCCUCAGCUGCGGCCACCUGUCCCGCGUGCGGGUGGCGCUGGACCUGGAGGUGGGGGCCGUGUCCUUCUACGCUGUGGAGGACAUGCGCCACCUCUACACCUUCCGUGUCAACUUCCAGGAGCGUGUGUUCCCCCUUUUCUCCAUCUGCUCCACAGGCACCUACCUGCGCAUCUGGCCUUGAGAGACACUGCCCGGCCCCCCAGAGGGAGGGGGCCAGUCCGGGGUGCAGCCUUCUCCUGGCUGCCCCUGGGAAAGGACGGAAGCUCCAGCCGGGCUUCCUGCUCACGUUGGGUCUGCCCUUCACCCUUCCUGCCCCCGGCUGCCUUAGGCUUCAGGAGACCAAGCAGCAGAGGCAGGAAGGCCUUGGCCCCCGGGUCCUGUCCCCUUCCUGGCAUGUGGCUUUGGUUCCAGCUGCUCAGGGGGUGAGGACAGGAGCCCAGCUGUCGACAGGGCUGCUUCCUGUCCAGGGCUCACUGCUCGGACUCAGCAGCGCCUCUGGCUCCCUGGAGCAGCACCAAGCCCUGGGCCUGUGUCGGCCUCAGUUGCAAGGGGCAUAUUUGGGGCCAGGCCGGCCAGGUUCAUGAUCACUUCUGUUUUGCCUUCUUGUCAGCUGCCAGCUGCCUUCAGGGACCCGAGUCCAGCUGGCUAACCAAACCGUCUACUCAGGGAGGAGCACUGUGCUCUCAGCUCAGAGGACAGUCUGGGCCAGAACUGGAAGCAGAGGGAAAAGCCCCAGACGACACUAUGUAGGCAUGGCUACCCUCUGACACCCAGAAACUGAUGAUCCUCAGCCACAGUGAUGGCCACGUGUUCUCACAGAUGCCUAAACCCCUCUCAAGUGCCAAAGUGCAGUCUCCCUGGGUAAGGAGACAGAAGGUUCUGGAAUUCUGAAAUACCGGAGAGCACUUAGAGUUUUACAGGUGCCGCUAGCACCAGCAUGGAAGUGCAGAGCAGAAGCAUGCCCCUGGCAGAUUCUUUCUGGAACUUGCCGAACGUGUGCCACCAGCAGAAGACCCUGGUGGCUGUAAGGCUGGGCUUCUGGGAGGGUGGUGGGGGGCUGUUCCUUGCGUAGUGCUCCCCAGGAAUGGAACUAGAGAUGGAAAUACAGACUAUGAGUUCGUUUCUACA